CGGGAAAAAAGACGCCGGAUUUGGGUAAUGGAUGCAUCUCGGGGCCGUCUCUCAGCUCCUGUAGUGGAUGCAGAUUUUCUUAGAAAUUAGUUGUACGGGCAGCAGAAUUCUAUGCAUUUCUAUAAAGAAGUGAACAUCACUCAGUUCAAGUGGAUUUAUUUCAGGCUUUUCCUUAAUCCCUCUUUAUUAUCCAACAUUAUCCAACAUUUUCGCUUAUCCAGCGUUCUGCCGGCAACACUCUACUGUAUUAGACACUCUACUGUAUUAAAUUUUCUCUCAAAGCUGUAAGAAUAAGUUGAAGAAGACAUGGACAACCGACAUGACCCCAUGAAUAUCCCAACUUGCAAUGGGAUUUCAAGUGAGAAGAAAACCAGCUUCUUAGUAGACGAAGGCCAUGGCCAGCAAAUCUUAAGUGUGCUGCAGAGCUUCAGAGAGCAAAACAUCUUUUAUGACUUCAAAAUACUUGUGAAAGAUGAAGUGAUCCCAUGUCAUCGCUGUGUACUAGCAGCAUGCAGUGAUUUUUUCAGGGCAAUGUUUGAAGUCAACAUGAAAGAAAGAGAUGACGGAAGUGUUACUAUUAGUAAUUUAUCACCCAAGGCAGUAAAGGCUUUCCUAGAUUAUGCCUACACUGGAAGAACUGAGAUAACAAAUGAUAAUGUAGAAAUGUUCUUUCAGCUAUCAUCCUUUCUUCAAGUUUCACGCCUGUCAAAAGCUUGCAGUGACUUUCUAAUUAAGAACAUAGAUCUUGUAAAUUGUUUGCAAUUGCUGUCCAUUUCUGAAAGUUACGGAUCCACGCAGUUGUUCAACCGUACACUCGAAUACGCACGCCAGCAUUUUUCCUUGUUGCUCCAGUCAGCUGAUUUCUUGGAAAUGCAUUUUGAGAUAUUGCAGAAGUGCCUAGAAGCUGAUGAGCUGAAUGUCCCUGAUGAGGAGUCUGUGUUGAAGGCUGUCUUUUGGUGGACAAAGCAUAACUUGGAAACAAGACUGAAACGCCUUCCUCAGUUGAUGAAAAAAGUAAGGUUACACCAGUUAUCUGAGAAGACACUGCAAGAUGUCUUGCAGUCUGAAACACAGUUACUCAAAAGCACUGGCUGCUCAAUAUUAAUCAAGGAGGCUAUUAAAAAUGUGCAGGAUUUCAGUGGGCUGUUUGUAGAUGCUCGUCCUUCUACAACAGAGAAGUAUAUAUUGGUUCACAAAAAUGAAGAAAAUGGGGUACACAGGCAUACAUUCUGCUAUAAUAUUAAAACUGAUCAGUGGAAGGAACUGGCACACACAAACAUAACUGAUCUGCCAGGAUCCAGUUUAUGUAGCUAUGGUGAAAAAUUAAUUAUAACAGGUGGAUGUAAAGGAAACUGUUUUCGGACUAUUAGACUACAUAUUGGUGAGACAUUUCAUGAUGCUACCAACCAAACGUGGUGUUACUGCCCAGCAAAUGAUAGCUUGUCGUUAGUUUCACCCAUGAAGAAGCCAAGGACAAUGCAUACAUCUGUUGUGACUCUAAAUCAAUUGUUUGUGAUAGGAGGAAAGACAAGGGCAUCUCAGGAAAUCAAAAGUCUAUUGGAUGUUGAGGCAUAUAGCCCUCUCUCUAGAGAAUGGAAAUCUGUGAGUCCUUUACCAAGGGGAAUCUACUAUCCAGAAGCUAGUGCCUGUCAGGAUAUAAUUUAUGUGCUUGGUUCUGAAGUAGAAAUUACUGAUGCCUUUAAUCCAUCUCUUGAUUGUUUCUUUAAAUACAAUGCCGCAGCUGAUCAAUGGUCUGAGCUGGUAGCGGAAUUUGGACAGUUCUUUCAUGCGACAUUAAUCAAAGCUGUUCCAGUGAACUGCACAUUAUACAUAUGUGACCUUUCCACCUACAAGGUUUAUAGUUUCUGUCCAGUGACCUGUGUUUGGAAAGGGGAAGGUUCAUUUGAAUGUGCCGGUUUUAAUGCAGGAGCAGUUGGGAUAGAAGAUAAAAUUUAUAUCCUUGGUGGUGAUUAUGCUCCUGAUGAAAUCACUGACGAAGUACAAGUCUAUCAUAGCAGUAGAUCUGAAUGGGAAGAGGUUUCACCCAUGCCAAGAGCCCUGACUGAAUUCCAUUGCCAGGUGAUUCAGUUUAAUAAAUACAGGGACCCAUGGCUUGCAAUAGAGAUAUGAAAGGAAGUUUCAAUUGUAAGCAAUGGCACAAGUAUUAUUUUUUUACUUUGAAGGCAAUGCACAUGGAAACACAAUCCACCAAACACAAAUUCUGCUUUUUGCAUCCUUCAUUAUAUAUUAUAAUACCUCUUUCUGAACGUGAGUAAGAAGAAUUCACAUUUUUCAAAGGAUUGAUCAUGAUUUGGAGAAUAGUCCUCAAGUGUUUGAUACUGAGUGUUACUGUAGUAAUUUCUACAGUCAGCAAAUCUUCCUGGAUUGUAUCUUACAUGUUCAAAUGUAAUUGUGCCCACUUUUUGGUUGAUACAUAAGCAGUAUUAUAUGAUUUGGUGGACUUUUACAUUAACAUAGUUUUAGGACAGAAUAAUAUU